ACUUCUUGGCACAGUUGGUCAAUAAACUUCAUGGUACAGAUUGUUAAAUGUCUUAUACUUGGAACAGAAGCUGUUCGACAAAAUGCCGGAACGGAGCAGCAAAUAGCCAUCGAUGGCGAUGCUAUCAACUAUUGCAAGACGCACUAUUUUCUCAACCCCAUUAACCAAACACGCAUCUUCCUCUUCCUUCUCUUCUCCUACUUCCUCUUCUCCAACUCAAUCGUCUUCAAACGAAGAUGAAACUCUAGUCUCAACAGCCAUAACAAUCCUCAAACACCAUCGCUCAAAAUCAAGAUGGUCUGAAAUUCUUUCCCUAUCCCCACCCCCUUCCGGCUUCACUCCCACCCAAGUCUCUCAAAUCAUUCUUCAACUCCGCAACACACCUCAUCUUGCCCUCCGUUUCUUUCAUUUCACAAUCACUCGCUCCAUUUGCUCUCACUCUCUUUCUUCCUACGCCACUAUCAUUCACAUCCUCUCCCGAUCCCGCCUUAAAUCCCAAGCUUUAGAGCUACUAAAAUCCGCCAUUCGUAAAUUCCCUGAAAUCCAUCAACCUGAUUUAACAAACCCACCAAGGAUUUUCCAAAUCUUGGUUAAAACUUACAGGACUUGUGAUUCAGCUCCCUUUGUGUUUGAUUUGUUGAUUAAAGCUUAUUUAGAUUCUAAAAAAAUUGAUCUUUCUGUUCAACUUGUGAGGAUUUUAGCUAAAAAGAAUAUCUUUCCACAUGUUGUUAUAUGCAAUUCUUUGAUUGAGUUGAUUGCGAAAAGUCGAGGCCCUUUUGGUGCUUAUGAUAUGUAUCGGGAAAUCUUUAAAGGUAGAGUGGUGAAGGGUGUGAUCGCGAAUGCUUAUACGUUUAACAUUCUUAUGGUUGCUUUUCAUAGAGAAGGAGUUGUGGAGAAGGUUGAGGAGGUUUGGAAGGAAAUGAUGGAAAAAAAUUGCGCCCCUAAUACAUAUAGUUAUAGCGUUUUAAUGGCUGCGUAUUGUGAGGAUGGAAGGAUUGAAAAUGCCAUGAAAGUUUGGGAGGAGAUGGGUGAUAAGGGCGUGAAACAUGAUAUUGUAGCUUAUAAUACCAUAAUUGGGGGGUUUUGUAAAGUUGGGGAGGUUGAGAGAGCUGAGGAGAUGUACACGGAGAUGGUUUUCAAUGGGGUGGAGUGUACUUGUGUUACACUUGAGCAUCUCACAAAUGGACAUUGUAUGAGCGGGAAUGCUGAAGCAGCUCUGGUCUUGUAUAAGGAUAUGUGUCGAAAGGGAUUCAAGCCAGAAAGUUCAAUGAUAGAUGCAAUUGCUCAGGUGCUCUGUGACAAAAGUGGAGUUCUUGAAGCCUUGGAAUUUGUGAGAGGUGUAAUAAAGAAACAUGAUAUCGUACCAAGGAAGACAACAUACGAACUUCUGAUACGGAGCUUGUGUGAGGAGGGGUGGAUGGAAGAAGCUCGGAAACUUCAGGUGGAGAUGGUGGGGAAAGGAUUUGCACCAAAUUUGGAAAUAUAUAGUGCUUUCAUUGACGGGUACAUCAAGCAAGGGGAUGAUAAAAUGGCUGAAAGUUUGAGGAAUGAAAUGCUUACGAAUAAGAUCCCUUGUAAAGAUAGCUAGAAGUUCGUAUAGCAUCCAGAGUUUUAACCAAAUCUUAAGUUUGACUUCAGGCUAUGAGUUAAGAACAGACAAGGUGACUUUGUCGAGGUGCAAGUCUAUCUGUACAUCAAAGCACGGUACUCUCUGAAGGGCAUCUUCAUGAUUUUUCGAACAUGAGCAGUGCAUUCUUGCUGAAGAAUAUGAACACUAACUAACUGCUUCAAGAGUCUAUCGAAAACAGCCUCUCUACCUUUAUAAGUAGGGCUGUUUCCUGAAGCUAUUAUGCUGUGAAAGUUGGAGAAGACUUCCAGCUGCUUGACACAAAAGUAACCGAAGAUUAGAAUGUCAUAAAGCCAUGGAGAUUCCAUGAUAAGAAGGCCAAUCCUGCAUAUAUCUGUUAACUACUGCAUAACUUUGAAGGACAUAAUGUUCUGUUGGCUCUAAGUGAUGAAUUGGUUCAUUAUCUGCUGUUUUUGCUGGUUGAUGAUCAACUUUUUAUAGUCUUCCCAGUUAUUCAAAAAUGACUUGAUGUGUAUCCUCGGCACAUCCAAUCUUCUAAAAGAUUGAGCUGGCUGACAAACGGGGUGCCAGAUCCAGACAGUAUAAAACAGGAGAUGAACAAACCAACAACAACAUACCAAGUGUGUAGUCCCACAAGUGGGGUCUGGGGAGGUUAGAGUGUACGCAGACCUUACCCCUGCCUUUAAGAAGACAGAGAGGCUGAGGAGAUGACCAAACCAAACCCCUGAAUGUUAUGAAGUAGCUGCCCGGCAGCCAAAAUGAGAUUGUGUAAAAUGCAAUGCAUCACUCACAGUAUGGAACUCUAACUAAUUCAGACAUUGUGUAAUCUUUCUAUUAUCACUCUCAACCUACUCAUGAACAUUGGCUUUGUAUAGAUAAAUUGCAUCAGCAGUUGGUGCUUUCCUUGGCAUAUAUCAUCUCUGAUUUUGCUUAAUGUAAUUAGUUAAGGGGGCAUGCUUCUGAACUAAACUGAGAGAUUAACUUUUUGAUG